AUGAGAUGUGGUCGAAGGGAUGAGGAGAGGAAGGGCGGAGUCACAGGGCAACCCGCCCCCCCUAAUGCUGCUACGAGCUUGGUCAUUGACUCCCAGUUGUUUCAGUUCUGUAAAGCAUCUGAACAAGCAGAAGGCAAGGAGGAGCAACACUUGUGUUGCAAACAUAUUGCUCUCUUCAGGAUGGACUUUUGUCCUGCUGGGUCAACUGACUUGAGUGAAGCUGAAAAGGCUGAAAUAGAGACAAUCAGGAAGCAUAGACAGGAGCUUUUGGAGGACAUUAAGAAACUGAAGGAACAAAUUGCUGAAGUGUUUGCACAGAUUGAGUGCUUCCAAAAUGCAGAUGAGAGGCAAGAGGCAGACAAUAACACUGGGAAGCAGACCAGCAAACUGUCACAGAGGGAUAAACUUCUGUCCCUGGGAAGGAAGAAAUUCAACAUGGACCCUGCAAAGGGGAUCCAGUACCUGAUUGAGCACCAGCUGUUGUCCUCAGACCUGCAGGAGAUCGCCAAGUUCCUGCACAAGGGUGAAGGCCUGAACAAGGCAGCCAUUGGGGAUUACUUGGGUGGGAGGGACCCCACGAACAUCCAGAUCCUCCAAGCCUUUGUAGCAUGUCAUGAGUUUGCCCACCUCAACCUGGUGCAGGCACUGAGACAGUUCCUAUGGAGCUUUCGGCUGCCUGGGGAGGCGCAGAAGAUUGAUCGAAUGAUGGAGGCCUUUGCCAACUGGUACUGCAAAUGUAACCCAGGAGUAUUCCAGUCCACAGAUACCUGUUAUAUACUCUCCUUCUCCAUCAUCAUGCUUAACACCAGCCUGCACAACCCCAAUGUGAAAGACAAACCCCCUUUUGAAAGGUUUGUGUCCAUCAACAGAGGCAUUGACAAUGGAGGGGACUUGCCAGAAGAGCUCUUAAAGAAUCUGUUUGAAAGCAUAAAGAACGAGCCAUUCUCCAUACCAGAGGACGAUGGAAAUGACCUCACACAUACUUUCUUUAACCCUAACCGUGAGGGUUGGCUCCUGAAACUAGGAGGACGUGUGAAAACCUGGAAACGCCGUUGGUUCAUUCUGACCGAUAACUGCCUCUACUACUUUGAAUAUACCACGGACAAAGAACCUCUGGGCAUUAUCCCCCUGGAGAACCUAUCAGUCCGGAAGGUGGAUGAUCCCAAAAAGCCAAACUGCUUUGAGCUCUUCAUUCCCAACUGCAAAGGGCAGAAGAUCAAAGCCUGCAAAACAGAUGGGGAUGGGAAGGUGGUCGAAGGCAAACAUCAGUCCUACAAGAUUUCAGCAGCCACACCAGCAGAACGUGAUGAGUGGAUUGAGGCAAUACGGAUGAGCAUCACACAGGAUCCUUUCUAUGAUCUGGUAUCUGCCCGUAAGAAAAAGAUUGCCAGCAAAAACUGAGUUCUGACCUGGCCACUGACAGCAGGAAGAUGUAGUUGUUGGACAGCUUCCCUCCCAUGCUGGGCUCUUCCAGUGCAGAAAUGUGGGAGCACUGAUUCCCUCUGCCUCCCACUUGACAGGAAGAUGACUGAUAGGACAACUUGCAAGAUUUGCUUCUUCCUUUUUCAAACUGAAGGCAGAGGCACAGCAUGCAACCCACUGAGGACUGUUGGAACAAUGGGCAUGGCGCUUCCCAUGUCCAAAUGUAAAGGCUCAACAGCAGCUGGCCUUUGGGUUCUCCUAUAUAGCUCCAGGCAUGUAGGACAGGAUCUGAGAGGAGUCAAGAAUAUCCCCAGAAUGUUCCAGCCCCUCCUGCCAUCAAACCAGGCCUGGGUAUUUUUCUGAGGAGCCAUGUAGGUGCUCUCAGAGCCACCAAGCAUGGUCCAGUCAGUUGCAGAGCAGCCCAGUGGUUUCCUUUCUAUGAACAGAUGUGUAGCUGUGGUACAGAAGGAGCCACUGAUAUCUAAGAUCUCACUGUGAAACCAGAGACCAGAGUAAGAUAAGAAUCCCUCUGCUCAGAAGAGAACCCUCUCUACCUCUUUCUAUAGUCAUGAGGGCUGUAAUCCUGGGAGGACCCUGAUCUGUAACUAAGUCCUAGUUUUUAGGAAGUUAGGAUAGGGAGAUAAGGGAUAACUGAGUGUAGAGAGGCUGUAGGACCAGAUAAGCAGCUCUGGGUCUUUUGUCUUUUUGCUUUGAGACUCAGGGACUACCACAGGUUUCCAUACGAAACAUAAGAAACCCAGACACUAGCUCUCCUCCUGGCUGAUGGCUCCUCGAGAAAGGUUGCUUCCUUGUACCACCGCAGAGGCCUGAGCUUUGUAUCUGAAAGGCAUGCAGCCAGAAGGCUGUAUACACACCACACACACAAGCACACACACACUGAGGCAAACCCAUCUACACACACUGUUUUCAUCUGGAGUCUGAGGUGGGGUUUUUUGUCUCUUGUGUAAAGGAAGAAAUA